UCGUAUUAUUUGAUGAGGUAUUUCCAAACGUGUAGAACGUAAACAAACUCGUUUUCAAUUUCAUUCGUAUUUUUUUCAUAAUUUGAGGGAAAUAAUCUGUUAUCUGAUUUGAUUUUGAAGCUUUUAUUUGAGAUGGAGCGAAGAAAUAAAAAAUCGGGCAAUAAUAAGAAAACACCGCUGUAUAAAAAUGAUGACGGCAAAAUGACAGCUUCAAAAAGUAAUCAGUGUGUGGCUCCCAGAAUUUUGAUGAAAGCCAAAGAAAAAGACUGCGAAAAAAAGCCUGAACCGACGAUUACGAUUGCCACCAAAGCGGGUAAUGCUCAACAGCCUCAGCCAGGCGAUGACUCCAAGAACCCAAGAAGUAGGACCACGCAGGAUGUUGCACAUCCUGUGGCAGUCGUCAAUACCAUUACUGAAUCCGUUAACCUAUUGAGCGUUAAUAACGUGCUGAAUAUUUAUGCUUUCAAUUAUUUGCACGAUACAAACAGUGACUUUUUCGUCAUUGGUGCAGUUGGCACGCAGUACUCAGGCAAGUCUACCGUUUUGAAUUUGCUGGCAUCGACGGGUGGCAAGCACAGCAUCGAACAGGCCCUGCGUCGUGGAGUAUUUCCGACGAAUGAUAUUUUCUCUCGAAAGGGCUCCAAAGAGCUGGAUGAGGAAAUUCGAAUGUUUAUAACCACGGAUCGCAUUGUAUUGCUGGAUAGUGCUCCGGUAAUGUCGAGUCGUGGUAGAAAAGACUUUAUCAUUGGAGAAAUGGAUGAUUUGAGGAGAAUACUACUGCUGCUCAAUACGUGCCACGUGUUGAUAGUGAUGUUGGAAGAUGAUUUCAAUAUAAAUUUUAUCAGGCUUCUCUUGUGUGCUGAGAUGAUGAUACAAAAGGAACAGAAAAACGCUCAUCAUCUGAGUCCACGUCUGGUGUUUGUAAAGAAUAAAUGUGAACCUAAGAAGAGUAAUUUCCAAGAAGUUGCUGCAUAUGAAAAUAUCUACAAGCAGUUAUUCAAUGGCUCGAAAUUGAAAAUUUUCAGUUCGGAAGAAGACUGUGAAAGACUCAACAUGGUGACAUUGCCCGAUUUAAGUGACGAUUCUCUACUAACAACGGACGCUGAGCGGUUGGCAAGUGUCGAGCAGCUACGCCAGCGAAUCUUUAUGACUCCAAAGUAUGUGGCCAACGAGGCGCACGAAGGAUUCAACGAGAAAAUGUGGUCACAAUUGGUGACAACGGUGCUGGAGGAGCACCAUAACAAUUACUUUUUGCGAAAGUAUGAAAAUUUGAGCGAAAAGUACAACCUGCACAACCACAUCAAUGUUGCGGAGAGCGCAUCGAAAGAGAAAAAUUAUCUUAGCUUUAUUGAUACGUAGGACUUUUAAAAAGGGCCGCUUUAUUAUGUUGAACAAUUCCGAAUAAAAAUGCAGUAGAAAAACAAGAAAUCCAUAGAGUAAAA